AGACCUAGCAGGUAAUUGCCCUGAGAGGUAGAUAUAUAUCGGCAAAUAAAGGAAUCGCACUAGCCCUUCUCCCCACGAAGGCUUGACUUUCGCUCAUACAUGUAACUACCUAGGUAGGUAGGUAGGUCAUGCCGCAACGGCGUUUUGUUCUCCCCGACGACGUUGUUGCCUGAGUGCACUUCACAUCGCGUACCCCACCAAACAAGCCAAGCGAGCAUUGAUGGCAGCACGUCCUGAACUGCAGUACAGUAUGCGUAGGGCGGAGGAGAGGGGCCAAUCUUCAAAGAUCAGCCUAGCUAGGUACCAAAAAAGUAGCGGUCACAGCGGAUGAGGACCCUUCCGGCGCAAGUUCUUCCGCGCAUGGCCACUGGGCACCCAAGGUCCAAAGUACGUACCGCUCGGUGUUAUGGACCCCUCCACUACUUGCAGCAAAAAAGUCAUCCGAUCGAUAAAGUCAUGCUUCCGAGUCCCGACCGGUUUUCUGGAUUGAACUUCUGCCCACGCCACGCACCCGCGACGCCGUCAACUCCCAACAAACAAUCCCGCACCCGCCACGUCCGCCGCCUGCGUUUCUCGUUACACGAUGGACGUGGCUCUCGAGCUCCUCGAUCCCCUCGUUUUCGACAAGGCGUACGCCUGGGCCUUGCCUCGUCCCAGCGCUGCUGGCGCUACCCCUGGCCACGCGCACAAUGGCUCCUAUCCAGAUGCCAGCUCCAGUCUCCUAGGCAGCGCCACGGCGGCGCCUAACGCGUCCCUAUGGCCGAGAGACAACAUCUAUCGCCAGAUCAUAUCCAUCAUCAUCAUCACACAGCUGGGAGCGACGUCGCUCUACCUCUUUUUCAGCGCCUUGUCCUACUACUUCAUCUUCGACCGCCGUCUCGAGUACCAUCCCCGCUUCCUCAAGAACCAAGUACGGCAGGAGAUCAAGUCGUCGCUCACUGCUGUGCCCUUUAUUACGAUUCUCACCCUGCCGUGGUUCCUGGCCGAGGUCCGGGGCAAGAGCCUGCUGUAUGCCGACGUGAGCGAAUAUGGCUACACGUGGAUGUUGGUCUCGACGGUGCUGUACAUGGCCUUCAACGACAUUGGCAUCUACUGGAUUCAUCGCCUUGAGCACCACCCCAGUAUCUACAAAUAUAUCCACAAGCCGCAUCACAAGUGGAUCGUUCCCACACCAUGGGCUGCCCUGGCCUUUCAUCCGCUCGACGGAUAUGUGCAGUCCAUGCCAUACCAUAUAUUUCCUUUCAUCUGCCCAAUCCAACGAUAUCUCUACCUGGUCCUCUUCGUGGGCGUCCAGAUCUGGACCAUCCUCAUUCACGACGGCGACAUGAUCACGGGCCACUGGACCGAAAAGUUCAUCAACAGCCCUGCCCACCACACCCUCCACCAUAUAUACUUCACGGUCAACUACGGCCAGUACUUUACCUGGGCCGAUAGCUAUUUUGGCUCCCACAGGGCACCGGACCCAGCUCUCGACCCUCUGCACGAUGCACUCAAGGUGAUGCGCGCCAAAGGGCUGGUGGACGAGCAGGGCAACCCCAUCAAGAAGCCCAAGGACGAAUAAUCCACAUUCCUUUUGUUGCGGGGGGGGUAGACUCGUUUCAUGACAUUUGAAAGCCUGUUUGUUCGAAUCGCAGCUCUUGCAGCAGCAUAAUAUCUCACCCUUGGUCGGUGGCGCCAAGAAGUGAGUCAGGGUGUUGGGUAUUUCGACCUUGCCAGGGGCCAUGGUGAGAGGACGAAGGGCCUUGGAAAUAUGUAUUAUACGGAAUCAACGUUCUUUCAAUGCGAGAGAGAAAGCGGUCUGCAUGCUGAUGCAUGGCUUCCUUGGCUCACCGCCGCUCCGUGUCUCACCGUCGACUGACAGAACCGUGGACGUCUCCAGCCCUUUGGCACGGCGCACGCGUGCCGUUGUUUGACUCGCCGCAUCACCCUUGCAGACGACAGCAACGAGUCGCGACGAUGGGACAAUGACACGGGCACCGCGUGAGAUGUCUCUUUGUCGACGCCUGACAUGACAACUGAGCAACGAGAAAGACGAGUCUUGCAGACUGCUUUGUCUGCUCGGGCCUGCUACGCAGGAGUACAUACAGUAGUAGCCUUUAUUAGUACAAACUAUCUCAC